AUGGCAUCUAGAAUAAAUACCAGUUUCACUUUGAUUCCCAACCAGAAAUAUAGACGUAGUAAUCGUCGAUCCAGCUGUGCUUCCAGCACCCUUUAUUCAGAUUCUCAGCCCUUAUCAGCGCUUGGAAAUUUUAAAGCUUUGCCAUUGGAAAUAUUCCAAAUAAUCUUAAGAUAUUUGUCAGUGAAGGAUAUCAGCAUACUAAGCAUGGUGUCCAAAACAUUCAGCCAGCACAUUAUUAAUUAUAUCUCAACCUCAUCAGGAAGCAAAAGGCUUCUACUGCAGGACUUUCAUAACCUUGAGCUGCCUGGCCAGAGACAAGACUCUGCUAUAUUGGAACACUACAGAUCUCUAGGUUUACUAUUUAAAAGAUGUACACUGCUGCUACCCACAAAGGAAAGACUAAAGUAUAUUCACAAGAUACUCGCAGAAGUUUCCUGUUUUAAAUUCAAUGGCUGUGCAGCUCCUAUGCAAUGUUUAGGAUUAUCAUGUUAUGGCAUGUUUUUACAGAUCUUAACAGCAGGUUGGGAUGAACUUGAGUGCCAUCGUGUUUUUAACUUCUUAUGUGAGCUGACUAGUCUCUCCCGCAAGGUGCAGACCACUGUCUUCAGCAAACCAGGAAAUGCCCGAAAACUGGAGUUAAGGAUCAGACUGUUCUGUAGGAAUGUUCUGCUUGAUCAUUGGACACAUAGAAGUGAUUCUGCUUUUUGGUUGACAUGUAUAUUAAAACCAUGGCCAAUGGUGAAUCAGGCAAGAUUACUGUAUAUCAUCUUUGGACCAAUAUCUCCUCAAGAUGGACAAGUGGUUUGGCAGAAAAUGAUAGAAGAACCUACAGAUGAAUCUAGUCUGAAAGGUUUGGCUGAUGCCAUUAAAUUACUAUAUGACACAGGCAUCAAAGAGUGGACAGCAGAUGAUGUGAUCAGCCUUAUAGAUGAACUAUCAGUGGUUCCUCGUGAGUGGCUUCUAGAAAAUAAUGCACGUCUCCUAAUCCUAAGUGGGAACGACAUCUGUUUUACUUUCAUGGCUAGUAAAGCUGUGAAUGGACGGACUAUUGAACUAGCAAGACUGAUAGUCUUUUUGGCUUUGGUGUGCGAGAAAGAACUAUACUGCAUGGAUUGGACAGUUAAAAUAAUGCAAAGACUCUGUAAAAUCUUUAAUACUUCAGUGGAAAAACAUAACUUCCUGCAGAAUGUGGCGAAUGCAUUUGCAUGUAUUAUAAUGGAAAUGCUGCAGUCAGUUAUGUCAGGAGACCAUGAUGAAGAGGACAGAAACUUUUUGAAUUUGUUCCAUCUUGUGCAUGCUCAGGCUAACUUCCAUAAGGAGGUCCUGUAUUUGACCGUGGAGUCUGCCUCUACCUAA